UGUAUAGUGUAUAGUGAAUUCUCCAUUGUGAAAAAACGGCAAGUCGAGAUUGGCAACCUUAUCACUUCUUAUUUUCCAGCAACCUCCGCGUUCGAUGGAUAUAAACCGUGCGAAGUAAGUGCCUGAGGAAGUAAACAAGAUCAAAUCCGUUAGCAAUGUUUAAUCAGAGCAGCACUUUAAGGACGGGAACGUCAUCUUCCUCAAAUCCUAUGCAAGAUUUUGAGGUUGUUUCACCUCCAGACGAUUCCAUUUCGAGUUUGGCAUUUAGUCCACCAUCGAUUCAACAGAAUUUCCUUGUAGCCGGUUCUUGGGACUGCAAUGUCCGUUGCUGGGAAGUCGAGCAGUCUGGCAAGACUGUACCGAAAUCAAUGCAAAGUAUGGCAGCUCCAGUUUUGGACGUAUGCUGGAGUGACGAUGGCACUAAAGUGUUCAUGGUAUCGUGUGAUAAAACGGCAAAAUGUUGGGAUCUGGCCACAAAUCAGAGUGUGCAAGUAGCGGCACAUGACGCACCAAUCAAAACAUGUCAUUGGAUAAAGGCUAGUAAUUAUUCCUGUUUAAUGACUGGUUCCUGGGAUAAAACACUAAAGUUUUGGGAUUUGCGCAGUGCUAAACCAGCAAUGGUUAUUAAUUUACCUGAAAGAUGUUACUGUGCUGAUGUCGAUUAUCCUAUGGCUGUUGUGGGAACAGCUGGACGUGGAUUAACAGUCUACCAACUAGAAGGUAGUCCACGCGAGUAUAAAACUGUCGAGUUGAGUUUGAAAUAUCAGUAUCGUUGUGUAGCGAUUUUCAAGGAUAAGAAAAAAGCUCCGACUGGUUUUGCAAUUGGUAGUACGGAAGGACGUGUUGCAAUCCAUCAUUUGAACCUUAGCUCCAAGGAAAACUUCACUUUCAAAUGUCAUCGAACAAAUGGCACGCCUAAUGGAUAUCAGGAUAUCUAUGCUGUUAACGAUAUUGCAUUCCACCCGGUACAUGGAACCGUGGCUACCGUAGGAAGUGACGGUACUUUCGGUUUCUGGGAUAAAGACGCGCGCACAAAACUAAAAUCGUCCGAAACGAUGGAACAACCCAUCGCGCGUUGCUGCUUUAAUCACAAUGGACAAAUAUUCGCAUACGCUGUCUCCUAUGAUUGGUCUAAGGGUCAUGAAUAUUAUAAUCCAGCAAAGAAGAACUCAAUCUUCUUGAGACCAUGUUACGACGAGUUAAAACCGAAAGCUUCACCUUAAGGCUGAUAGAAGUAUAAGGAGAAGUUUAUUACUACGUUUGAUGCCACUUGAGUCUUUGGUGAUCUACAUUGACUGUCCGUUCGAGUCGUUUUUGGUAUUUUGACUUUGUAAAAAUAAACAUGAAAUAUUCCAUAA